GCUGGAGCACACCUCGCAAGGAUCCACUGGCAGCGGUAUCGGCUCUCCCCUUCGUCACAGUCAAUGACUACCUUUUCCUGCUCCGCGAGAUGAGCAAAGUUAUGCAGCCUCUCGGUCGUAGAGGCAUGUACUACCUCGCUGCUGCGGUCUCGGACUUCUUCGUCCCCAACCAACGCACGCCGCAGCACAAGAUCCAGUCGGGUAAGGGAUCCUUGGUGAUAGAGAUGGACCAGGUUCCCAAAGUGCUCAAGCCAAUGGUUCAGCAGUGGGCACCUGAAGGAUUUGUGGUGUCUUUCAAGCUCGAGACGGAUAUGGAUCUACUCCUUCCGAAGGCGUCAGCCGCCCUGCGGAGGUAUGGGCAUCAAAUCGUCAUUGCCAACGACCUCAACACUCGCAAGGAAAAGGUGUGCUUCGUCACGAACGGCGGAGUCAGUCAGGCGGCAGACGGUACCGCUGGUGGUGGUGAGGGCGACGGAAUCGAGGGCAAGUGGCUAGAGCUCGACCGUAAGAGGGAUGGACCUGAUGCGGAGAUUGAGGAGAAGAUCGUAGAUGAGCUGGCUGUGCUUCAUGAGAGGUGGAUCGAGCAGGGGGCUAGUGGGAAGCGGUAGAGAGAAUGGCGAGCAGUAGAUUCGGUCAGGUAGCAUCUCAUCAGAGCUUUGCAGUCAAUUGCAUCUAGCAUGUCGAAGAUACAACUGUCAUGACUGCAGAUAUGACGCUCAGACCUUUGUCAGGCACAGUGUCUUCGGGAGUGAUCGCGGCGCCAUAUUGGUCGACAUCGGAGCGGCGAC